AUGUCUGGACCUAAAAUCGCUAUCGUCAUCUACUCGAUGUAUGGCCACAUCGCAAAGAUGGCCGAGGCAGUCAAGAAAGGCAUUGAAUCCGAAGGAGGCCAUGCGACCAUCCUCCAGGUGGCAGAGACGCUUCCGGAAGACGUUUUAGCCAAGAUGCACGCUCCUCCGAAGCCAGCAUAUCCAAUUGCGAGUCCCGCCGACUUGUUGGAAUAUGACGCAUAUCUGUUUGGAAUCUCGACCCGUUAUGGUGGCUUCCCGGCGCAGUUCAAGGCCUUUUUUGAUGCGUCUGGCCAGCUCUGGCAGGCUGGUCAGCUCUGGGGUAAAUUUGCGGGAGCAUUCGUCUCGACUGGAGGUCCUGGAGGUGGUCAAGAGUCGACCUACUUUUCGAUACUGACGACGCUGGUCCACCACGGACUUAUCUUUGUUCCUCUUGGUUAUAAGCACACCAAUGCUCUCUGGAACGCGCAUUUCUCAGAAGUCAGAGGAGGAUCUCCGUUUGGAGCAGGCACGUUUGCGGGUGACGGCUCACGGCAGCCCAGCGAAGUUGAGCUCGAAACGGCGUCGAUUCAGGGUCGUGAAUUCUUCAAGAUUGCCCAACGGUAG